AUGACCUCCAGGACCCCUCUGUGGGUUACAGCCUGUUGGUAUGGCUUUUACCACAAUUUAAGACGCCUGCAGUGGGUUGUGAGGAAAAGGAAAACAGUAUCUUCACAUCCCUAGCUACCAGAAGCUCAGAAGACUGACAGUGUUCCAGCUAUCUGCAUGGGCCCAGGGCUGGCAGCUGCCCAGGUGUCUCUUCCAGGCAGAAUGCUUGCUGAAAUAAGGGAUCUUUUUCAGUAUGUUGCCUGCUUCUUUGCCUUUUUCUCUACCGGGUUCUUGGUUGUGGCCACCUGGACAGACUGUUGGAUGGUGAAUGCCGAUGACUCCCUGGAGGUGAGCUCAAAAUGCCGAGGCCUCUGGUGGGAGUGUGUCACAAAUGCUUUUGACGGGAUUCGCACCUGUGAGGAUUAUGAUUCUAUACUUGCCGAACACUCCUUAAAGCUGGUGGCAACUCGGGCGUUGAUGAUUACUGCAGAUAUUUUAGCUGGAUUUGGAUUUAUCACCCUCCUCCUUGGUCUUGACUGCGUGAAAUUCCUCCCUGAUGAGCCAUACAUCAAAGUCCGCAUCUGCUUUGUUGCCGGGAUGACAUUACUAAUAGCAGGUGUCCCAGGAAUCAUUGGCUCUGUGUGGUACGCUGUUGAUGUUUACGUGGAACGCUCUUCUCUGGUUUUCCACAAUAUAUUUCUUGGCAAUCAGUAUAAAUUUGGUUGGUCUUGUUGGCUUGGAAUGGCUGGGUCUCUCGGUUGUUUUUUGGCUGGUGCUAUCCUCACGUGCUGCUUAUACCUCUUCAGAGAUGUUGGACCUGAGAGGAACUAUCCUUAUUCUAUGAGGAAGGCCUAUUCAACUGCAGAUGUUUCCAUGGCCAAGUCAUAUGUGGCCCCUCGGACAGAGACUGCCAAAAUGUAUGCUAUCGACACAAGAGUGUAAAGUGCCACAUAUCAGUCUGUGUGUAUGUGCUAUUUAAGUAAUCAAUCAAUAUGUUCAGGUUAACAGAAUAGGGUCAAUCCAGGAACAGUUAUUUAGGCUUCAUGUUCAACUAAAUUAAUUGCUCAGUUUAAUCAAACAGUUUGAUUCUCCAUAACUUCUCCAUUUCUAUUAUUCUCAUGUUCUUCCUCAUUCUUCCUGCCUU